AUGGCUGCAUCCCAACCGCAUAUCGCGGCACGAGGUUAUGGAACAAAUUCAACUUAUAUCUACGAAUACUCGAGGGGGCUCGGUGGUGUCGAUGUUCCCCGUGACGUGAUUAUCACCCGAAUUAUCUAUUCAUCGGUCGUUAUCCUGGCAUUCAGCAUCUUCUGUGGCAGGAUAGCACAGAUCAGCCAUGCCUUCCUCCGUCAAAUUACUUCAGUGACAGCCGAUAGGAGGCAGCAAACAUUCUGGAGCCAGGAACGGUCGGCCUGGUGGGCCAACAUGAAGAAGCAUCUUCUUUAUGCUCCCCUCGGGCGGAAGAGGCACAAUCGAGAGAUCCAGCUUUCUUCUGCUGUUGGUAUCGGUACACUACCUUCCCGGUUCCAAACCAUCCUGGUCGCUCUGUACUUUGCAAGUCAAGUUGCGUACUGUCUAUUCCUGGACUACCGGGUCAAUGAGAAAGCGGCUCUUGUUGCGGAGAUUCGGGGUCGCUCUGGAACGCUGGCCGUUCUCAACAUGGUGCCAUUAUUUCUUCUGGCGGCCCGCAAUAAUCCACUCAUUUCGAUUCUACACAUCAGCUUUGAUACGUAUAAUCUUCUUCAUCGAUGGCUUGGCCGUAUCGUUGUGAUCGAGUCCAUCGUUCACACUGUUGCUUGGGCCGUCAAUGCAGUUGCGGAGCAAGAUGUGGCAGACAUGCUUGCGCGUCUAAGAAAUGAACCUUUCUUCGCCUGGGGUCUGUUGGGAACAGUUGCGAUGCUCUUUCUCAGUCUGCACUCGCCAUCUCCAAUCCGCCACGCCUUCUACGAGACCUUCCUGCACCUACAUCAACUCGCUGCCCUACUCGCUUUCCUCGGUAUAUACGCCCACUUGAACAUCGACAGUCUUCCCCAAAGAAGCUGGGCUCAUGUAAUCGCCGUAAUCUGGCUCCUAGAGCGCAGUAUACGACUCUUUCGCCUCGUCCAUCUCAACUUCUCACCCCGACACGGCUCCACAAACAUGACCGUCCAAGCCCUACCAGGAGAAGCAUGCCGAGUGACUUUCCACCUCCCCAAACAGGUCGACAUCAAACCAGGAUGCCACGUAUUCGCCUACAUCCCCAGCAUAUCAUGGUGGAUGUCGCACCCAUUCUCAAUCGCCUGGACAGAAAACAGCAACAAAAGCAGCCCCUCAACAGCCAUGACCCAACACAUCACCGACUUAAAAUCCUCCUCGCCACUCACGCCCUCAUCCCUAGAAAAACAAUCCUUCGACCUAGACGCCUACCUUGAACCAGCCCACAACCCAACCCAAGUCUCCCUCAUCAUCGGCGCCCAAAAAGGCAUGACCCGCCGCCUCUACAACCUCGCCAACACCAGCCCGCUCAAAACCCUCACAAUACCAGGCUACAUCGAAGGACCCUACGGCUCCCACCCCACAAACGUAGCAAGUUAUGGCACAGCCGUCCUAUUCUCCGCCGGCGCGGGAAUCACACACCAUCUCCAGUAUACACGGGACCUCGUUCUCCGCGCUUCAACGGGCCGCGCCGCAACACGUCGCGUUUAUCUCAUCUGGUCCGUCCGCUCAACAGAUCACCUUGCCUGGAUAAGUGCGUGGAUGGAUCAAAUUCUGCGUCUCCCGAAUCGUCGUGAGAUCCUCGUUGUUAAACUGUUCGUUUCGAAACCGCGUCGUGCGGCGGAUAUCGUUUCCCCUUCUGCGACAGUGCAGAUGCAUUCGGGUCGCUGUCGGCCUGAUGUCGUUCUUGAUGAGAUUUUGCCGGUUAGGGUUGGUGCGACGCUUGUCUCGGUUUGUGGGCCUGGUGCCUUUGCCGAUGAGGUUAGGGGUGCGGCGAGGAAGAGGAUUGGACAGGGGGCUGUGGUGGAUUUUGUCGAGGAGGCUUUUACUUGGUAG